GUAGACUUAAAACGAUAUUGGCAAUCACUAGUAUUCCAUAUUGAUGUGAUUAAAACCUAAUUUUUACGUGCUUUUUAUACAAAUAAGUUAUUUGAGUGAUGUGUAAAAUAUUUGUGCUUCUUUUUUGAAUAAAAUUACGUGUUUUAAUGAACAUUUGUAAAUGAUAAUGCCCCGGAUUCACAAUGAAAUGUCCUCCUGAGGUAACUUGCAUAGUCUGCCAACAAGUCUUCUGUUGCGCCGACUGCCGCCGCCGACACGAGCGAACCGUCCACGGUCUCCCCUACGACUGUCCCAUCUGCCGUGAAAAUCCCUUCCUGUGCCAACCAGACCAACUUUGCCCGGCGUUCCUCAUCCACUUACAGGAGCAUCUACCUCUGCAUUGCUCUAAGUGCGGAAAGGUGUUUACAACCAUGGACGAGCUUUCUGAUAUAGACAAAUGCACAAGCCUUUCGGAAUUGGUGGACCACAGCAAAUCGAGUUUGAGAGUAGCAGAUGAGCGCUUCGAUUCGCUCUAUGAGAAGAUAAUUGAAGAUAUGAGUGGGGAAGAAGUGGAGAAGAAUAAUAAGACAGCUGUUAUUACUCCUAUAGUUAGGAGGAAAUAUUUAGUUGAUUAUGAACCGAGUGAUACGGAGCCAGAGGAUGGAGACAUGAGUCCAAAGGUGUCAUUCACGGGAACGGUAGCGCCCAAGACGCCCCGCCUGAAACGCAGCGCCACUCCCCACGUGAAGAAACUUCUGUUGGCGCGGCAGCAAGCAUUAGACGAAGAUGGCCGAGGAUCGCCGGACCUGGACUCAGGAACUGUCGAACCAGAGAUGACGACACCAAAUUCCCGUCCACAAUCCCUCGCUGCCGCUGCACUGGCUGUAACUACGAGCACUCCAACUCAUUCCGUACCUGGAGGAUGGGCAAUGUUUUCAACGCAAACUGAUUCGCCUUUGUCUGAGAUCGAGCAGGCUGACAGCCCACAACCUGAUGGAAACAGAACAGAGGAACGUACAGAGCAGACCGAGCCCGAACCAACUGAGCCAACCGACGAGAACACAGAGCAAACAGAACAGUCUGACAGCAAGCCUAAACUGAAGAGCAUUAUAUCGAGCCGGCGCGUGGGCAGCGCGGAGAGUGCAGAGCAGGACACAAGGACCAAGCGAGUCAAAUUUGCUGAUGGUACUGUGUUCCAGCCAGAGCCACAGCUUAAAAGAGUGUUUCGCAAACCAAAACGCAUGCUCACCCCCGGCCCAACGAAAGCCCGCUUCAACGUCAACCCCCGCUUCCAAGCUCUCAUCAACCGCUUCGAGCAGAACGCCUUCAGCCCACAAACUUCCCAAACUCCCAACACGCAUCGGACCCCUGACACCACUCGAACCCCGGACACCAUGGCGCGCACACCGAUCAACAACCGCCAGGAAACCGAUAACGUGCCGAGGGCUAUUGACUUUAAGGACAGUCCUGUUGAGCUGAAGAAUAGUUUAGUGGAGGAUAAUAGGGACGCAUCUUUUAAGUCUUGUGUGGCGACGCCUGGUGGCAUUGAUACAGCAAUUACGGCGCUUUCUACUAAUAUUGCAGGAUCUCUUCAAACCUGUAUCUCCAACGUCCUAAAACACACAGAGGAAGAGACCGAGAUCCAGUUCAAAUUCACUAUCACGAAAAAGAAAACUGUGCAGCGACCGGUGGAAGCAGAAGGGACAACAACGAACCAGGAAAAAGAAAAUCUUUGGGCUAGUGUGGCCAAGGCCGUGAAGAGCGCUUUUUGGGGGGAAGGCGGGGAAUUUGAGACUCCUCACAAGUCCAUCUCAUCAUGCAGCUCCUCUUCCUCCAAGAGGAAACAGCCGGACCGCUCCCGCUCGCCCAGCCCGCUUAGCCAUAAGAGGGGAAAAUAUGAACCGAGGCUGCGAGGCCGUCCGCCGCUACGUCAAGGGUUGCCGUUGACCGCUCGGCUGGCUAGACACGAUGUUACUAGCCAUAGCUUCUAAUCUACAAGUUGAGACGGCAAGCCAGCUAGGCCUUAAGAAAGGAAAAUAUAAACCGAAGAUGCGAUUGGGAGGCCGUUCGCCGCUAAUACAAGGAUUGCCUUUGACUACUAGACUGCUGGUAAGAGAUGAUGUCACUGAACCAACGCUGCGAGGUUUCUGCUACUUCCUCAAGGCCUGCUGUUGACUGCUGCUGAAGAGGCCUCUAAAUUACAAGAGCUCAGUACGGCAGCUGUGCAGCGUUGACAGAUAGACUAGCGAAGAAUUUGGUGAUGUUACAAGCCACCGUAUAAUUAUAAGGCUCUGCGGUGAUCAGGAUUGGCAGUAUCUGCUCGGCUAGCGAUAGGGAGCGUGCAUGUCAGAUUAUUGGCGCGAGGCGUAAAUGUGAUGUUUUUUGUUCCGAUGUAGCCCACAAGAUGGCAGAACCUACUAUACAUAAGAAAACACGUGACGUGUACAUGUGCAUGUUUAUGGUUCCGAUUCAGGCCACAAGAUGGCUGACCCUCCAACGCGCACGGUCCCUAUAGAUCAACGCCUGAAACUGAAUAAUACCUUUUGUACUUCCCAAAGCAUAUUCAUACUUACCAAGGGAAAACUCUUUAACCUUCUAGCUUUCUACGGUCAUAAUUAAUACUAGAACAAAUUACAUGCAAUGCAAUUUCAAUCCUUAUGUAUAUAAUCGAAUUUGUUUCAUUCGAUUUCAAAACGAAACGAAUUCAAUUAUAUUUUCUAAUAACAUUGACUCAAUUUUUUUUCUAGAAUAGAUGGGCCGCUAGAGAUUACAAACAAAAUAUUUUAUUUUAUUUUAGUUAAUUAUGAUUUUAGUUACCAUUUUAGAAUAACGUAGCUUACAAGUAAUAUUCAUAAGAUUGUAAUUGGUAUUCAUAAUUAUAACAUAAUGUAAUUGUAUACUUAACUGCUAGUUUAGAACUAAUAUUUUUGUUUCAUCAUUUAAAAUAAUCUCAUUCUGAUUCUAGUCUUCUUGAUGGCAAAUAAAAUGGUAUCCAAGUAACAAGAUUGUUUAGCAAUGUAAAGUUUAUUCCCCAUUUUCAAGCGAGUGUUGUCUGCAUAGAUUACCUACUAGACUCCGCAUAAUAAAACGUUUACGAUAAGUCACUGUUAGCACAUA